AUUUUGUCAUCUCUUCACAAACAAUGACAUCUUCUCUAGGUUCCCAGACACAAGCAUCGGCAGCAGACCUAGAACCUGUGAGAUUUGUCCAUACAGUUUCCGAGGCCCGCCGUUUGCUUCCCUCAGCGAGUCGUUGGAACUCCAUAGAAAUUGACUAUAACCUAGUACCUCAGUCUUCCAUAGCCAAUGAUUCAAUCCCUUCUCCGUACUCCAAGUCUUACGAAUUCAAUCUCGUUAUCACCGAUAAAAACUACCUCAAACGUUGUCUUUAUAUAUCUGCAUCCACUAUUUUUGUUGUCCUAGCUCUAAUUUUACUGGUAGCACUUUUGCCUAAUGCUCUUCAAAAGCAUCAUCGCCACCCUUCUAAGAAUCUUACGCGUGCAUUGAACCAAGCUCUGACGUUCUUUGACGCGCAAAUAUCUGGGGUUUACCCUAAUAAUAGUCCGGUAAAAUUUCGCGCCAGUUCAGGAUUGCAUGAUGGGAAUUUGAGCAGUAAACCGGUGAAUCUUCGGGGUGGUUUCUAUGAUUCUGGCAACAACAUAAAGUUCAGCUUCCCUACAGCUUAUACCGUAACCCUGUUGAGUUGGACUGUGAUCGAAUACCACGAAAAGUAUGCUGAUAUUGGUGAGCUUGAUCAUGUCAAGGACAUAAUAAAAUGGGGCAGUGAUUAUUUGCUCAAACUUUUUGUUCCUCCAAACACAACUUCAGAGUUCAUAUUGUAUUCUCAGGUUGGAAGUGGAAACAUUGAUGCCAAGGUUCCUAAUGACAUAAACUGCUGGCAAAGGCCUGAAGACAUGCAUUACGACAGACCUGUUUCGAUCUGCGACAGCACUGCUUCUGAUUUAGCAGGGGAAAUUAUUGCAGCAUUGUCCGCCGCUUCAUUAGUGUUUAAAGAAGACAAUGCAUACUCAGGAGAACUAGUUACUGCAGCUGAGAAGCUAUACGAGAGUGCAGUUACUAAACUAGAGCCUGCUAGGCAAGGAGCAUACACCAAGGUUGAUGCUUGUGGAGUAGAAUCUAGGAAUUUCUACAACUCUUCUGGUUUCCAAGAUGAACUGGUCUGGGGAGGAACAUGGUUAUUUUUCGCUACCGGCGAUAAUUCAUAUCUAGAUUAUGCCACAAAAGAAUUGAAGUAUGCAGUUGCUAACGAAACGAGUGCUGAUAAAGGGAUUUUCUACUGGAACAACAAGCUCACUGCCAAUGCGGUCUUGCUAACACGUCUCCGAUAUUUUCGUGAUCUUGGAUUCCCGUAUGAAUCUUCUUUGGACGCAUCAUCAGACAUUACUGACACCCUCAUGUGUUCUUAUUUUUCUUCUCAGAAAACAACACCAGGUGGAUUGCUCCUCCAAAGGCCUACUUAUGGCGCGCGGGCACCUCUCGAAUAUGCUGCAACAGCAUCUUUUCUUAGUAAAUUGUACAGCGACUACCUUGACCUUCUGCGUAGUUCCGGUGGGAGUUGCAUUAAUUUUGGCUUUUCCAUCGAUAUGUUGCGCAAUUUCUCAAUAACUCAGGUCAAUUACAUUCUAGGAGAUAAUCCAAUGAAGAUGAGCUACAUGGUUGGCUUCGGAGAUAAGUUUCCAACCCAAGUGCACCACAGAAGCGCAUCGAUCCCUUGGGACGGUCAUCAGUACUCUUGUGAAGAUGGAGAGAAAUGGAAAAACUCCAAGGACCCAAAUCCGAAUUUGCUUUUGGGAGCCAUGGUAGCAGGGCCCGACGAAUUGGACAAGUUCGUAGAUGAAAGGGACAAGCAGGAGUUCACUGAGCCUAGCAUAGCAAGCAAUGCUGGUUUAGUUGCGGCACUCAUUGCACUUCAUGAUCCUCCUCGCCAUCGUUCUUCGAAGGCCAAUGGCACGCAUUUGGGGAUAGACCAGACGGGUAUUUUUGGUAAGAUCCGGCAUUAGUUGCCGGUGGAUUUGGCUGUUGAGUUAGCAUGUAGGUUGUGCAGUUUUAAGAACAUAAUAUCUAGUAAUU